AUGUUCAGCAUUAUGGGUUAUAUUAAUGAUAACUUUAAAGUCAAUUCUACAUUUAAUUAUCUGUUUCGAUUCGAAAACGAACUCUCUUCAGAGUAUGACUAUUUGAAUCAAAGUUCUAAUCCUCUUUAUUCUAAUAUAUCUGCUGAUGUAAGUAUUGAAGCUAUAUCUCCUGAAUGUAAUAUCACUAUUGGUAAAUUUAAUUCAUUUAACGGAUUAGCUUUAUCAUCGACUCAUGAAACCCUUAUUGACGGAAUUGUUAAUAAUUCUAAUUGGUAUUAUGCAAUAGGUGCUAAUAAAAUGUAUCAAACUAACUACACUAUACCAGGACCUCGCUGCCAAACAGAUAAAGCUGUUACAAGUCUUGAUUUAUGGCUCCAAUAUACUGAUGAUAAAAUUUUCCAAAUGCUUCCCAAUUUAGUACUUCCUUCAAUACCAAAAUGUAAUUGCUAUCAUACGCUUUCUAAUUUGAACUUGUUUAUUCUUAUGAUUUUGGAAUAA